AUGUCCCGCGCGCUCGUCGACGCGCGAUGCGUGCGCGCACAUCGCGCGUCGCGUGUCCGCUUCAACGACCGCGCCGCGCGCUCACGAGCGAGCGAACCGCGUUCGAACGCGUCACGAAUGUUUUCAAAACACAAACCGUUCGACGCCGCAUCGCUCACGACGCCGCGCUCGAUCGUGAGCGCGGCCGGAGACUGGGGAUGCCCCGAACAAGGAUGCCCGGUGGACGUUCUGAGAACGAAGCGGUUGAUAACGGCGAUCAAGACGCCGUACUUGACGAGCGGGAAGGUUGAUUUGUACGCGUACGACGCGCUCGUCGAGGCGCAGAUCGAGGGCGGCGUCGAGGGUUUGAUCGUCGGUGGGACGACGGGGGAGGGACAGUUGAUGUCGUGGGAUGAACAUGUGAUGCUGAUCGCACACACGGCGCAGAAAUAUGGAGAUCGGGUGCUGGUGAUCGGGAACACCGGGAGUAACUCGACGCGCGAGGCGGUGCACGCGACGAGCCAAGGGUUCGCGGUCGGGAUGGACGCGAGCUUACAGAUCAAUCCGUACUACGGGAAGACGUCGAGAAGAGGGCUGAUCGAACACUUUGGGGCGGUGAUGGACCUCGGACCGGCGAUCGUGUACAAUGUACCGGCGAGAACGAGUCAGGACAUAGCUCCGGAGGUGAUGUUCGAGCUGGCGAAGCACAAGAACUUCGCCGGGGUGAAGGAAUGCGAAGGGAACGUGCGAAUCAAGGGAUACACCGACAAGGGCGUGACAUGCUGGACCGGAAACGAUGACGAGGUUCACGAGGCGCGCUACGAGGCUGGUGCGGUCGGGGUGAUCUCCGUCACGUCGAAUCUCGUUCCGGAGCUCAUGCGCGAGCUCUUGUUCGACGGCCCGAACCCCGAGCUUCGCGAUCGACUCCUCCCGCUCAUGGGAUGGCUCUUCCGCGAACCGAAUCCCAUCGGCGUCAACACCGCCACCGCCAUGCUUGGCGUCGCCAAGCCCGUGUUCCGCCUUCCCUACGUCCCGUACGCCGCCGACCUCAGAGCGGAGGGCGCCGCGCUCCUUCGCGACGUCGGCGUCGCGAACGCCCAGCCGCUCGCCGACGACGAUUUCACCCUCCUUCGCGAGUGGUAG